GAAGCGCAGCAGUCAGUCACCUCUGCUGCCGGGGCUGGGGAUAUGGAGCCACCGCUGCCGAGUUGCCCCAUGGCCCAGGCGAAGAUCAACGCUAAAACCCACGAGGGACGCUUCUGCCGCUCCUCCUCCAUGGCCGACCGCUCUAGCCGCCUGCUCGAGAGCCUGGACCAGCUGGAGCUCAGGGUUGAAGCUUUGAGAGAAGCAGCAUCUGCUGUAGAACAAGAAAAAGAAAUUCUCCUAGAGAUGAUCCAUUCUAUACAAAACAGUCAAGAAAUGAGACAGAUCAGUGAUGGAGAAAGAGAAGAAUUAAGUCUAACAGCAAAUCGUUUGAUGGGAAGAACCCUCACUGUUGAAGUUUCCGUAGAAACAAUUAGAAAUCCCCAGCAACAAGAAUCACUUAGGCAUGCCACAAUGAUUAUUGAUGAGGUGGUCAGUAAGUUUCUCGAUGAUUUGGAAAAUGCCAAGAGUCAUUUAAUGUCACUGUAUGGGGCUUGUUCAUCUGAGGUACCACCUGGACCAAUUGAUCAGAAAUUUCAAUCCAUAGUAAUUGGAUGUGCUCUUGAAGACCAGAAGAAAAUUAAAAGGAGAUUGGAGACUUUGCUUAGAAAUAUUGAAAACUCUGAUAAAGCUAUCAAGUUGCUGGAGCAUUCAAAAGGAGCUGGUUCAAAAGCUUUGAAGCAAACUAGCUUAAAACAAGUUUAAAUAGCUUGGGCAACUUAAAGGCGCAAAUGAGUUUCCAUGUAAAGAUAAGAAAGUACUAUUUUAAGUGAUAGAUACAUGUAUUCCCUCGUAAAUGUUGGGCUGACCCAUUCAUUCUGUUUCAGCUGAUAAAAAUAUUUCAAUGUCAUUGCUCUCACCAUGGAGACAUUUAUAACUAGAAAAUAUUAACGAUAGCUCUAUUUUUUAAGUGAAUGUUUGUCUUAUUAUCUGGUUCACCAUUACUUUUGACUAUAUUUUGGGUAAAAACACUCAACUCUGUGAAAACAAAAAGUGUAUAGAUGGUAGCAGUAUUCACCAGUACUGUUUCCUCCCUUGUACUAUUUAUCGUGCAGUACAGGUCAACUUGGCAAAUACAUCAACAGAAAUUUUUUCAUCUAAAAUUUGUCAUAUAGGUUAGACUGUAUGCAACAGCUGGCUGAUAUACUUCUGACUCCUCUUGCUAGAACACAGACCAGUCCUAGGUCCUGUCUAGUGUACCACAGCAUGGAAGCAAAUUCAUUCAUUCAACACUUAUUUAAUACCUAUUAAGUUGGCCAUGAGACCCGAAGUCAAUCAACACUGAGUGCCUUAAGAGAAAUCCAAGAUAUGGUCUUUGCCCUUAAGGAGCUUCUACCAGCAUACCUGGCCACAGAAAAGUGACUAAUUCAUUUUACAAAUAUUUGUGGAGCAUCUUCUAAGCUUAAGAUAUUAUGGUACAUACUAUUAUGCAGACAAAAAUGAGUAAUGCAUGAUCCCUGCUCUUGAGAAUCUUUAUUUUAAAGGUUGACUUAUGCCUGGGCAUAUAUGGUUCUCUCUAAUCUGCUAUGUUGGGUUCUGAGCUUUCAUUCUAAAGAUAUGUUCCAGAAACUUCCAAAGAAUGAAAUUUCCUAAACUAGCAUCAUGUGUUAGGGGGGAAAAAAACACCAAUGUGAUUUUAUUCUAAUUUAUAUGAAUUAUCUUCAGUGCAGAAUCGUAGCCAAAUACAAAGUGCUAACGCUAGUUUGGCAUCUUCCCAAUGUUCAGCAAACCCUUAGCUUUUAACCUCCCUAUCCCUAAAUCCAGCAAGUGUGCUCAAUUUUAUUUGGUUGGGAGUUAAAUCUAAUGGAUAUACAACAUUCUGAAGAUAAAUAUGAUUUGGGUUGUGUAGUUUGUGGUUGUUAUCCACACUUAAUCACUGGUAUAGAUAAUGGAAUUGAUUAUACUUUGUUUCCUUUGUUCUUCUCUUAAAACCCAGCUCUGGUGAUAUGUUCUCCAUGAAAUCUUCCCUGAUAGCCCAAGCUAGAAGUGGUUCCAUUCACCUAGAAUUUCUUAUGCUUGUUUGACCUUUCCUAUGUACUUAUCAUAUUCUAACUUUAUUACACGUUUUGGCAUACAUUUUUAUACUCUUACUAGAUUGUAAGCUCCUUGAGGGAAGAGACUUACUUUUUUUCCUUUAAUCUUUGUGUCCUUAGCAUC